CUCAGAUGUUGGGGAGUUAACUUUAAAAGCUGGUAAGGUUAUUUUCCAAAAUGGAAGGGGAAUCUGACUAGAACAAAGUUAGGAGGUUAACCAAUGUGAUGGAAGAAGAUCCAUAGAAUCUCUACUAUUCAUAGAAGAUGCUUGGUGUUAUUUGGCUUCCUUAAUGACAAAACUACUUUCUAUUCCUCUUUCCAGAAAUGCUGCGCCUGGACAAAGACAGAGUAGAGUCCAGGAUCCCAAAAGGUGCUGCUUGGCCUUUCAAGCCUGGCAUCUCAGUCUAGAUCUCAGCUUGGCUUCCAAUGACAUGGCAGACAGCACUAACAAGACCAGUUCCAGCAUUUCAGAAAUGCUAGACCUCUGUCAGGUUGAUGCUGAGACCAUUCUUGGCAACUUGGGCUUCACAGAAGAAUUAGCACAGGCUGCCCAUUGGAUUCCUGCUCGGUUCUUCUCUGUUCCAUCCCAGGCUGAGGGCAUCAAUUUCCAGCUCUUUCUAAGAGCUCAGAUCCAGCGGAUUGAGAUGGAGGACCCUUGCCUGAUGUUAGUAAGUCGGUUCAGACAUAUCCAAACUCUGGGUGCAACAGCUGAUGAUUGCUUCUGCCUCUAUUCAUAUAUAUGUAAGACACCAGUGCAGGAGAUCCCACCUGGCCAUUUGUUCUGGGCCUUCUCAGAAAUCCCAGAUUCCUGGAAUAUUCCUUCCCAGCCAGAGUCUUCACCUCUUCUCCAUGGCCUGCAAAAAGCUAUGUGCUUGUAUACUUCACCCCAGGAAGAAUGGCCUCCAAGAACAUUUGGGGUGCAGUCUCCUGUGAACCACCUGGACCAGGAAUCAUGGGAAGUGGUAGAAAGGGCUCGCCAAGACCAAUUUCCAUUUAACAUGGCAAACAUCGAGGAUGAAACUCAAGCAGUGCCAAUUAGAGACUCAGUUUGCCACCGUAGAACGGACAGAAGGGUAGCUUCUUCAGUAUCUGUCUUCAGAGAGACAGCUCCUGGGAUUUCUCCCCGCUGCUACUGUGAAGAUCCAUCUUAUUCUUGGAAAAACAUGGAAAUAUCCUUGCCAGGAUUAACAGGAUGGCUUUCUUUCCCCUUUGGUGGGACAAGAAAGAAGAAGUUGGACAAAGUUGGCCAUCAAGAGUUAUGCCAUUUUGGACAUCAUUCUCCCCCAGAGGCUACCUCUCCAGAUGAAAGCAGUGAAGAAUCUGAUGGAGAGUAACCCCGUGAGUGGAGAAAAGGAUGUACCGACACCUUGGUAGAACUGGCAUGAGGAUAAUGCA